UUUACUUCUCAAUGCUCAAUGAGUGAGCCAAAUUUUCAGUGAAAAACGUCAUAAAAACGACCUAAAAUAACCGUAAAACUAAAAUAAUAUCGAUGUGUAAUUGUGUUAAUUAUUACAAGUGAUGUAUUUAUGUGUCACGGCAAUGGUUAAAUUGACGUUAAAACAAUGAAUUUGUUACGUCUUGACCAGCUGAUGGCGGGUGAAAUAACUCAAUGCUCCUUUGCUGGGUUUCAUAAUUGACGGAAGGAUUACCAAAAAAAAAAAAAAAAUUAAAACUGAAAACUGUGUGUGUGAAAAGUUUUUUUUUUAUAGAAAAAUUAUGAAAUAAACCAUGAGUGAUUUAUUUAUUUGAAAAGUGGGUUCAAUCCACAAGAGACUAGUCAACCGGCUUGCUCUUAGGGCGUGCACAUCUUAACCUAUCCUUUUUUUAACGUUGGCCCCUGCGGCUGAGAUGCGAGGCUUUGCCCCAGCUUUGUGUAUAAAUAUCAACUAAAAAAAAUCCACGUGUUUAUAUAAACACGUGAAAACCACAAAACUUUGUGAGAAAAUUUAAAAAUUUUUUGUGUGUGAAAAUCCUUUUUGUCCCCCAGUUCUUUUUUUUGUUUUAUUUAUUUAUAUUAUUCAACGACACAAUGUCCACUACAUUUGUUGAUCGAAUUGAUCCGUUUGCAAAACGGUCGUUAAAAAAGAAAACGAAAAAGUCACAAGGAAGUUCACGAUAUCGUAAUUCACAGGAUGUUGAAUUACAAGCGCUACCAUUGCUUAAAGCCGAUGUGACGUCCGGUGAACAAGAGGAUCUAUUUAUUCGUAAAUUACGACAAUGUUGUGUAGCAUUCGAUUUUAUGGACGCUACGGCCGACUUAAAAGGUAAAGAAGUCAAACGUGCUACGUUAAAUGAACUUGUGGAGUACAUUACAACCGGACGUGGUGUGCUUACCGAGCCUGUUUAUCCUGAAAUUAUUAAAAUGAUAUCAGCAAAUCUAUUUCGAACAUUACCUCCAAGUGAAAAUCCAGACUUUGAUCCAGAAGAGGAUGAUCCAACGCUGGAGGCGAGCUGGCCCCAUCUUCAGCUUGUAUAUGAAUUUUUCCUACGAUUUCUCGAAAGUGCUGACUUUCAACCCACCAUAGGCAAAAAAGUUAUUGAUCAAAAAUUUGUUUUACAGUUGUUAGAUCUAUUCGAUUCAGAAGAUCCUCGGGAGCGAGAUUUUCUAAAAACAGUUUUGCAUCGUAUAUAUGGCAAAUUUCUUGGCCUACGAGCAUUUAUUCGUAAACAAAUUAAUAAUAUAUUUUUAAGAUUUGUCUACGAAACUGAACAAUUUAAUGGUGUUGGAGAAUUAUUAGAAAUUUUGGGAAGUAUAAUAAAUGGAUUUGCGUUGCCGUUAAAAACAGAACAUAAACAGUUCCUUGUGAAAGUGUUAAUACCGUUGCACAAGGUGAAAUGUUUAAGUUUAUAUCAUGCACAAUUAGCAUAUUGUGUUGUACAAUUUUUGGAAAAAGAUGCUACGUUAACUGAACCAGUUGUACGUGGUCUACUCAAAUAUUGGCCAAAAACAUGUAGUCAAAAAGAAGUUAUGUUUUUGGGUGAAAUUGAAGAAGUAUUGGAUGUUAUUGAACCAACACAAUUUACUAAAAUACAAGAACCAUUAUUUAGACAAAUAUCUCGUUGUGUAAGCAGCCCACAUUUUCAGGUUGCUGAACGAGCACUUUAUUUUUGGAACAACGAGUACAUAAUGUCAUUAAUGGAAGAAAAUAAUCAUGUGAUUAUGCCAAUCAUGUUCCCAGCUUUAUAUCGUAUUAGUAAAGAACAUUGGAAUCAAACCAUAGUUGCACUUGUUUAUAACGUUUUGAAAACAUUUAUGGAGAUGAAUUCUAAAUUAUUUGAUGAACUUACGGCUAGUUAUAAAGCUGAGAGACAAAAAGAAAAAAGACGUGAAAAAGAACGUGAUGAGCUUUGGAAACGUUUAGGUGAAUUGGAAAUAACAACUAAAAAAAAUGUCCAUCACAGCCCAACAACAACUAGUAACAAAAAGUGAUAGCCAAUCACCUCCUAGUGUCCCUCAUUCAUUAUUAAUAAUAAGAAUAAUAAUUAAUUAUAAAAACAAAUAACAACAAGUCAUUGAAAAAAAAAAAACAAAAAAAUCAAAAAAAUCCUCUUGCGUUUUCCCUUUUAUAUAUUUGAAUGAAAAAAACAAAAAUCACGAGACCCCAAAACAUUUUUUUGAUAGAGAUACGAUACAACGAGAUCUAUUGUUGUGUGUGUCACAUCAAAAUAAAAAAACUAAUCAGCCAGUCACAGACACAUAGACUCCUGAUUAUAAUAAUUAAUUAUCUUGUAGCAAUGAAAAACAAACAAAAUUAUUUAAAAACCAAUCAUCAUACUUACUACAUUUAUAUAAAUCAAAACUUAACAUUUACUUGACAUUUUAAAUGACUCAAGGUUGUGUCCAAUAAAAUCAAAAAAAAAAUAAUUGUGCUAAAUUAUGUCUUGUUUGUUAACGGUCGUCGUCAGGUAAGUCAGAAUCCAUCUUUUUCAUCACACCCACAACACAUACAUACACACACAUACAUAUAUAUUCACAAAAAAUCCACAUCCACAAUCUUUUUUCUGCAAUGGCUGCUAAAAAAAAUUCAUCAUCGUAGAGACCAAAAAAAAUAAAAUAAACAUAUUAUAAAUAUAAAUAUUAUACAAAUUAAUACUUUAUCAAAACAAAACACACCGCCAUUUUUAAAAAAUUUGUUUUUUUCUUAAUAGGUUAGGUCUAUUUAAUCACCUCCCGCCCCCAACUUUUCAUAGAUUUGCGCUAAUUUUUUUUUUUUGUUAUCACUACUCAACAACACAUGAUUAAUGAUGGAAGUUAAAUGUGAUGCGAUUAAGUGUGUGAUUGUGAUGUGUAUUGAACGCGAAUUUGGUGUGAUAUAAUGCGUAAUUCGAAAACAAUCGAUGAUUCUUUUCUAGAAACUUGAAUUUCUGGAAAAGGAUCGUCGAUUGUGUACAUUCCUAAUCGAUUACUAAAAUAAAAGAGAGAUGACAGUGAUAUUUGUCGUAAAAUAAGUGAAGAAUUCUCAAAAUUUCGAGAUCAUGCGGAUGCAAUUAAGAUCACAUUCGAUGUAGUUCGAUAAUCCUUUUCUAAAAGCUUGGAUUUUUAAAUUCCUAAAAAAGAGUUAAUCGAGUACUGAAAGAAAAGCGAAAAGACAGUGAUAUGUAUUCGAGUUAUUUUUAGAAACAGGCAAAGAAUUAAUUAGCGGGGUUUUGAACAAAAAAGGGAAUUAAUGCGAGGAAUUUGAACGACGAGUGUUAAAAAAGGAGCGCGAGUU